AUUGACACUGAAUAGGUUUGCUGCUCAUGUCAAGGAAUUCAACUGAGUCUUCUUGUGCCGCAGGCUCCUGUCCAACAGUCCAAUGAUGAUGUCUGUGCUGUGGUAUUUUGCAGCGGGGCUGGCGCUUUGCACCAAAAACCCAGCUUGGGCUUUUGAAAUCUUCUCCACCAAGUUAGACCAUUACGCAGUCAAAGAAUCAAACGUCACGCUUUCCUGCAAAUUCACACAAGACAUCGAUGACAUCUCAAACAGAAUUAUAAUUAGGUGGUAUUUUAAGUCUCCAGAAGAAAAGAAGACAGAGAUUUUAAUGUAUCAUGGAGGCCAACUUGAUAUUGACCCAAACUACAGCAGGGUUCACUUCACAACUCCUGAACCCGGCCAUGGAGAUGCUUCCAUAGAGAUUAGUGACCUGCGUAUGUCAGAUGAGGGGAUCUACCAGUGCAGCCUAGAGUGCCAGCUGAAUGUGCGUUCUGCGAUCUUCACAAUCCUAGACCAGAACAUGAACCUGAAAGUCAUGGAGAAGCUGAGCGCACCAGUUUGUGCCAUGGAAGGCGAUCCUGUGUGGGGCAAUGACGUGACGCUCCAAUGCGAAUCCUCACAAGGAACCCCCCCGCUGAAUUACAGCUGGAAAAAGAUAAGUGAAAGAUUGGCUCCUAACGCCAGUGGGGACGCCAUAGGAGGGAACUUGACUGUAAAAAGGAUCUCCGAGGACAACUGUGGAAGCUAUCGCUGUACGGUGGGAAAUCUGGUUGAGACCCAACUCUGUGAGAUCCUACUAUCGUGUCCAAAGGCACCAGUGGUGGCGAGAAGAAACAACAAAAUAAAAGUUAUCACUGCAGCAACAAUGUCAAUCUUUAUCCUUUUGGUGGUUAUUGUUGUCAGUGCUUACGCAAGAAACAAAACUGAACAAUAAAGAGUUA